GGCUGUCUGCGUUGUCGUCGUCCUCCUCCUCCACAGGGGCCCAGACUCGGGGGCUGAGAACGGCACCUGGAGCCCUCGAGGGCAGCAGGAGGGCCGUGCCGGGGCCGAGGCGAGCAGUCCGCCAGGGCGUGCCGCCGUGGCCCUGUGCGAUGGGCGCCCGCGCAGCGGCGGCGAGGAUGCCGUCCGUGCCGCUGGCGCUUGCCGCGGGCCUGGCCUGGGCAGCGCCAGCUGGUGGUGCGGGGGAGGGCGAGACGUGCGCGGCCGACGGCAGGGGCUGCGUCGAGCUGCCCGCCUUCCCCGACUGCGAGCACAGCUGCGGGCGGCGGCGGUGCCUCGCCUCGGGCAGCGGGAACACCGAGCGGGUGUGGCCCGCGUGCCCCAGCGGCCCGGAUGGCUGCAGAGACUGCGCGGACAAGAACCAGGAUUGCCCACGGUUCGCCCGCUCUUUCAGGGGGCACGGGUGCUCGGAGGAGGAACAGGUACAGUCAAAAACCGGAAUAUGGACGCGCGAUUUUGCUCAGGGUACCUUUGCGUCCUUGCUCUUCCUUGCUCUUGCGGCUCGUUCUUGGCCUCUUUCGCUUGCCCGCUUGUCAGGGUACCCUUGGGGUUUUCGUCGUCCGCCGCCCCAAAAAUCCCAACUUCGGCUUCCAAGGGUCUUGCGUCCUCACCGCGCGUCCGGAUUAGGGUUUUUGACUCUACCGAUACAGCCACCCUUCCUCGGUUUCCGCGUUUUGGGCCCUCCCGGGGGACUCUCGUCGCCGCGGCCGGAUUCGCCUCGCGAUCUCGGUCAGCACGCACUCAGAGAGCCGCCCGUGGGGUGGCGGUAUCGCACCCCUUGUUGUCCCCAGGUGCGAGGACAAUCCUCGAAGAGGAGCAGAAGCGCGCAAGCAUGCAGUUUCAGAGGGCCGCGCGGAUUUCUUGGAUCGGCAUUGUGCCCCCCCUGUCGGCACCUCACGCGCCGCCCCCGAGUGCGAUCCGCGCGCCAGGGAGGGGGUCUAGCGCCAAUCCGAGAAGUCUGCGCGGACCUUGA